AUGAUAACAGAGGUACCAGCUAUGACGGAUGUUUGUGGAGAGUUGGAGGUCGAACAUGAAUCAGAUGUGGAGGAUUUUGCGUCGCCACCGUCAUGCUUAGUUGGAAUACCUGAAGAUGGACCAUCCUGUUCUGCAAAAACAACUAGGUACACAGCAGAAAAAGAUUUCGGUACACCAAACUGGAAAAAAACCAAACGAAUUGAUUUUAAAUUUGGACCCCCUGACGAAUCAGGUGUGGAAUCUUUAAAAAGCAAUAUUGUUGAUUCUAUGAUGUGCGGCGGUGCAUUACAAGAGCAUAAAGACGGGGUAAGUUUUGAACAUGGUACAAAAUAUGCAUUUGCACCAUUUCAACGGCUUAAAAUUUGCAGCUUCCAUAACAAAUUCAGAAUAAAAGGCGUCAUAGGUGCUAUUGACUGCACACAUGUUGCAAUACUUUCCCCGCAAUCUUUAAUCGCUGGAGUAGUACCUCAUGAAUAUAUGAAUCGCAAGGGAUACUACAGCAUUAUUGUUGAAGCCGUGUCCCAUUCCUGGAUUUGCAAUGACGAACUAAUUUUUCAAAAUGUCAAUGCACGAUUCCCAGGAUCAUGUCAUGACGCCGGUAUAUGGACAACUUCGCCGGUGAGAGUCAAACUCAUCAGGGAACACAUUUUGGGAGCAUUUAAAUGGCUUUUAGGUGAUUCAGGUUAUCCUUUGGAGCCAUGGCUACUAACACCAAUAGCAACACCUUCUUCUGCUAGCGAAGAGAUUUUCAAUAAAACACAUAUAAAAGUAAAGAACACAAUUGAGCGUGCCUUUGUAGUCCUGAAAUCACGAUUUCGGUGUCUAUAG